UUAAUUGUCUUAUCUCUGUAUAGUAGUGAGUCACCCUUAUAAGGAGAGGGCUAUGGAUAUGAAGCAACGUUUGUCGUUAUUACUUGGGCGGUUUGUCUCACCGUCGACACCUAGGGUGUCUAUUAUAACAUUAUGGAAAAUGCACAGCAGUCGCCUAGCUUACUCUUUUCACUCGGCUCGUUAAAUCCUGGCGUGACACUUAAUAAUAUCACUGUAUCUGCUUAUAUUGUCACGCAAUAGUUCUUGGAGUCGGCAUGACAUUUAAUUUAAAUGCCUGUAUGUUAAAACGACCAUUGAACUUGUUGGAUGUGUUAUUCGCUCACCCGUCCCUUAGCUAAAUGGGUACGAGCUUUCUCAUAGACCAGCAGCUGCUAUAAAAGGAUCUUGAAAUGGAUGUCUCUCAGGGUAUGCUAGACAAGUGACCUCCACAGGGGUUCGACAAGCCACACCAAAACAGGAACCAAGCUCCGAUUACUCCAAACUCCGAAAGCUUUUUUGAUACCAGAUUUAUCCUUUAGAGUAUCACGACAGUUCUUUAAAUUAAGAAAAUUGAAUUAAUUUGAUUAAGUCUACUUUUCCCUCUAGACGGUAUCUUUGUUACCCAGACUACGAGGCCAGAGGUUAUAUCCUAUGACGUCUUACCAAUUAGUUAGAUCAAUAGUUCCGGCUCGUCGUUUCGUUUACGUUCAAUCAUAGCACCUUGAUCUUAUUCAGGAUUUAACAUCAACCAGAAGGUAAUCGCCCACAGUGAUGAAAUGUAAAAGAUCGAGUAGAACCACUGGUACCGUCUAUGUUUGUUUUGCCACAUGAAAACUUGUUCUUUUGUGUGAUGUACACCACCGUUAAAUGUGGUUGUCAAAGUUGGUCACUGACUUGCUUGGCGUGAGUUAACUGUGUAAUUGUUCGAUUCAGUAUAGUUGUUGAAACCGGCAAUAAUACUUUGAUUUCAGUCAAUGACUCAUUUACUACAAGCGCCACAGUUACCCACACCGUAUUUACGUUUUUGAGUUUCAUGUGUUGGUGGAGUGAUGACAUUUUUACGACAAAUAGCGUUUGGACGCGCUUUUUCCUGAAAAGUGCAGUAACCAAUAGGAUGUUUCUUCGGAGUCAUCUGACAUAAGCACAGGAUGGGAAUAUUCUAGCCCAGAGAGGAUGUUAACUCAGUCGUGAACUGUGGUUUAUGAUGCGUUAAAAUUCCACACACAUCCCGUAGGCACAUACCGCGAACUUUGAUUCUAUUGUUAGCACACAAAUUACAUAAGAAAGGCUUUGCAUGCUCUAACACAGUCAUAUGACAGAAGACACCGAACGAGACAAACCAAAACAUGGGAAAGUGCGUGAAUCUAGCCACCAUCUCAAAGUGGCGGGACUGUUUUGAUCACUUUGAAGUAGUGAAUUACUUCCUACAAAUGUUAAUACAAGCCGUAAUACUGCUGGGGUCAGUUUGUCUAACGCUACAAAUAACGUGGAAGAAAGUAUGGACACCUGCUAGACCCUUUGUCAGAAAGCCAGAAGAACCAGAGACAUUUGUACCGCUGAGGGAAUUUACCGUCAGGGAACUGAAAGGCUACGACGGUGUAAACAAAGAACUUAUUUAUGUGGCGGUAAAUGGUAAGGUUUUCGAUGUGACAUCGGCGUGGAAUUAUUUUGGCCCUGCCGGUCCGGACUGCCUCUUAGCUGGUAAAGAUGCGAGCCGAGCACUGGUGACCUUCUCAGUAGAUAACUUCUACCAAACGGAACAGCGGGACAGUAUGGACGAUUUAAACGACCUGAACCCGCUACAGAGGGAUUGCCUAUUCGAAUACGAAACUCAGUAUAUGGAGAGAUAUCCAUGCGUUGGAAGACUUGUAGAAAAGAAACAACCCGUAACAUUACAGCAAAGAUGCCUUGAUAUUGUUCACAGGGAGGUUGUUAGAAUCUCAGGAGAAAUGCGAAGAAAUGAAGUCAACCGGCUACCUCUUCCUCACACGAUGAGGAAUGUCCUUUUGGAUAUGAAUCAAAGGAGAGAACUCUCGGUUAACUAGGACGUUAAUGAUAACCUUUUUUAUGGCGUAUCCGCAUAGAAUGUGUAUAUAAUCGAUUUUGGUGAAUUGUUGAUUUUUUAUUUAUAACGACCUGUAAAUAUUGUACAACUAGAUUUCACUGUAUAUAGUUACUGUCAAUAUUAUGUUUCCAAGGAUCAACAGGCUUGAUUCAAAUUAUCCACAGAGUUUUGCUAUAAAAUAUUUAAUGUAUCAUUGGAUAUUUUAAUAUACAGACCGAUUCCUUGCAAUUUGCGCAAAUUUAAAUCUUUGUUGAACGAAGAUCAUAACAAAUAAAAACACCUUCUGAAACGAA